GAAUGAGGUAGAAGGCUGUUGGGAGAGGAAUACGGACCACCUUCCUGCUUCUCGUCACCAUGACCAUCCUGGCUGGACCCAGACAGUGACGAGGGCUGGCAAGGGGCAGCACAUGUCCAGAUUUCCAGGAGGGGCAACCUGUUUAUCAUCUUUUCAGAAGAAGAAAACACUUUGACUGCCCAGAUGUUUCAGUGACCAAAGACAUGUUGCGACGGCCAGGACUCAUGACAGGUGGCAGUGCUGUGAAGAAUGGCCUCUCUGGACCUGGAAGGGUUAAACUCCCAAUGGCUCAUGAAGAGGAAACUGGAGACCCUGAAUUGGACAUGAGUGAAACCAAAGUUACUCCUGGGCUGUGGACCAUUCAUCAAGACGGAGAAGUCCUGCUGAGGCUAUCAAAACAUGGGGCAGGCCAUGAGACCCCAGUGACCAUCCCUGCAUUUUUCCGGGAGUCAGUCAGCCGAUUCGGGGCCUACCCGGCCCUCGCAACGAAGAACAGUGAACGGUGGGAAACUCUGAAUUUCAACCAGUAUUACGAGGCCUGUCGGAAGGCGGCGAGAGCCUUGAUCAAGCUGGGCCUGCAGCGUUUCCAUGGAGUUGGCAUCCUGGGGUUUAACUCCAUCGAGUGGUUUAUCGCUUCUGUUGGUGCCAUCUUAGCAGGGGGUCUUUGUGUUGGUAUUUAUUCUACCAACUCUGCGGACGCCUGUCAAUACGUCAUUACUCAUGCCAAAGUGAACAUCCUGCUGGUUGAGAAUGACCUACAGCUACAGAAAAUCCUUUCGAUUCCGCGGGGCAGGAUGGAGACCCUAAAAGCGAUCAUCCAGUACAAGCUGCCAAUGAAGGAGAGUAGAGAUAAACUGUACUCUUGGAAUGAUUUCAUGGAGCUUGGCAACAGCAUCCCCGAUUCCCAGCUGGACCAGAUCAUGGAAAGCCAGAGGCCCAAUCAGUGUGCAGUGAUCAUUUAUACUUCUGGGACCUUAGGCAUCCCCAAGGGAGUGAUGCUGAGCCACGACAAUAUCACGUGGACGGCAGGAGCAGCAGCAAAGAACUGUGGCCUGUCUACUGCUGCACAAAAGCAGGAGGUGGUGGUCAGCUACCUCCCCCUCAGCCACAUUGCGGCUCAGAUGAUGGACAUCUGGGUCACCAUGAAGAUCGGGGCCUCCACCUACUUUGCUCAGCCAGACGCUCUCAAGGGCACCUUGAUCAAUACUCUGCAGGAGGUAAAGCCUACUGCCUUCCUGGGGGUGCCCCGAAUCUGGGAGAAGAUGCAGGAGAGGAUAAAGGAAACUGGCGCCAAAUUCUCAAGCCUGAGGAAGAAGGUGUUUUCAUGGGGAAGAGUUAUUGGCUUCAAGAUCAAUACAAAAGGGAUGUUGGGUCACAGGACGCAUGAUACUCCCAUAAGCUACCGCGUGUCGAAGGCCCUCGUGUUCAGCAAAGUCAAGAGCGCCCUUGGCCUUGAUCGCUGCCACUCUUUUAUCAGCGGAGCCGCACCCCUCAACCAACAGACCGCUGAGUUCUUCCUAAGCCUGGACAUACCCAUAGGCGAGAUGUACGGUAUGAGUGAAAGCUCAGGACCCCACACCGCAUCCAGCCGGGAGAGCUACAGGAUUCAAAGCAGCUGUGGCAAAGUCAUGGAUGGAUGUAAGAACAUGCUGUACCAGAAGAACAAGGACAGCAUAGGGGAGAUCUGCAUCUGGGGCCGGCACGUCUUCAUGGGCUAUCUGGAUAUGGAAGAUAGGACCGUGGAGAUCAUUGACGACGAAGGCUGGUUACACACCGGGGACCUGGGCUACACAGACAACCAGGGCUUCCUCUACAUCACCGGCCGCAUCAAAGAAAUCCUCAUCACAGCCGGCGGUGAGAACGUGGCCCCUAUUCCCAUUGAGAACAUGGUUAAAGAGAAGAUUCCCAUAAUCAGUCAUGCCAUGUUAGUGGGAGAGAAGGCAAACUUUCUGAGCAUCCUGCUGACACUGAAGUGUAAGAUGGACGGGAUAACUGGAGAGCCACUGGACGAGCUAAGCUCGGAGGCCAUCAACUUCUGCCGGAAACUGGGAAGCCACGUGUCCACCGUCUCUGAGAUUUUGGAGCUGCGGGACCCCCUGGUCUACAAGGCCAUCCAGGAGGGCAUAGAUGCCGUGAAUGAGGAAGCCAUCUCCAAUGCACAGAGGAUCCAGAAGUGGGCCAUCCUGGAGAAGGACUUUUCUGUCCCCAGUGGGGAGCUGGGUCCGACGACAAAGGUUAGGAGACACUUUGUGGCCCAGAAAUACAAUAGGCUAAUUGAAAGCUUCUACUACUGACCUCUCGGCUG